GGCGGCUUAGGCGCAGGCUGCAGGUCACGUUUUCUCAGUGAAUGAAUGCAAUGCUGCCCGCGCCGCCUUCGUCUGUUUAGAUUUCGAGAACUACUGCACCUCUCACUCUCUCCAUUCCCUCACACCUCUUUCUCUUUAUUGUAUCGCCCUUCUUCUCGGCUCGUGUCUCGUGUGUCGCUUGUACGCGCCAUGCUGAGGCCCGUUGAGAGUCUUUCUAUUCUCCCCUAAUCUCUCGACGGCCGUGGGAGGUGAAGGGCUAUUCUCGCAGUCUCUUUGUCUCGUUCUAUCUUCUACAUUCCUCAGCCCCUGGAGGUUCUACCGUGACCAUGGCUGCCGCGGUGGACACGCGAGCCAUUUCGGCCUUUUCGUCGCUGCCGGAGGCCUCAAUCACAUCUUUGAUCGACUCGCCGACCACAGAACUCGUCGUCUCUUUCCUCCAAGCCAUCGAAACCCGCGCGAAGGAGUGUGAGCAAACCAAGUCUCAAAAGAUCAAACUUGAGGUCGAACUAGAGACUGUGGUGAGGACGAACGAGUCCAAGACAAAGGUUCUUCAAAAUUCGAGAGACAAGGCCCUUGCGGAAGCGAGUAAACUACGCGUGGAUUUGCAGACGGCCGAAAAUGCACGCUCAAGACUGGAAUCCGAGAUCGAGCAGCUCCGCUCUGCAACUGCCAACGAGAGUACUGAAAUCAACACUCUCAAGUCGCGCAUUGCCUCACUUGAGUCGGCCAACCGCGACACCCUUGCCCUGCUCGAAUCAAAAACUACAGCCUACGAGAGUCUCUCCCAGGAUCUCUCUGCACAACAUCAGAAAGCUGUCGAACUACGGAAAACAAUCACCACCCUCGAACAGUCAGUGCAGUCCGCCAAUGCGGCCCUUGCAAGUGCCAGAUUCAAGGAGCAGAGCCUGCAGCAAGAGGUCGAAAUCCUCAAGAAGAACAACGAAUGGCUGGAGAAUGAGCGCAAAAUCAAGGCCGAAGAGCACGCGAACUUCCGCAAGGAAAAGAAUGCUCGCAUCUCCGAAUUGUCAAGACUGAAUGAGCAGUAUAUUUCCGAGGUUGAGGCUUUGAAGCGGUCUGAAUCGAGUCUAAAGCAUCGUCUAGAGGAACAAAUGACCAAAUUUGAGGAGACUCUGGAGGAAAUGCAAAAACUGCGGGAAGAGAAGAUCUCUGCAGAAGACGCGUUCAGAGUCGAGCUUGAGAGCGUCAACCGUCUGGCCGAACUGCAAGCUGCUUCGGCCGAGACAGCCAAACAGCGCGUCCAAGAGCUGUCGGCUGCUUUGGAAGAGGCUCGGGAAGAAGCCGCUGACGAGAUUGGUACUAUUCGUGCGGAAAUCGAGACCGAGCACAAUGACCGUGUUGCUGCUGAGCAACGUGUGGCGGAGCUUGAAAAGACAAUCGAACAGCUAUCUAGCGAGCUUGAAGAAGCUCGUGCCAGACCAGCGACUCCUCAACGCCACACUAACGGAUCUGGAGUCACCACACCUCUUCGCGCCGGAACGCCUAGCGGGAUCUUCUCUCCUUCUAGUGUGUCUAGGCCGCGGGCUCAAAUGACCAUGACCCAACUCUUUUCGGAGUACAAGAAACUUGAGGGAGAAUUGGCAGCCGAGAAACGAGUCAGUGAGCAGUUGCGAGAGAAUCUUGAUGCCAUGGUUGAGGAGCUCGAAAACAACAAACCAGAAAUUGAAGAGCUUCGAACCGAGCAUGAGCGGCUUCAAAGUGAGGUGGUGGAGAUGUCUGCGAUUGUGGAUAAGGCCAACGCCGACCGUGAGUCUGCAAUCAAAGAGUUGAGAAACGCCCAGGGACAGCUUGAGAGCAGGUCUAAAGAAGUUGAAGUCUUGACACAACAACUUCGGGACAUGGGCUCAGAAAUUCGGUUCCUGCUGAUCGAGCAACAUGUCCGUGAACAAGGUGACAAUCUUACACGAGAAGAAUUUGAUGAGCUCGAGAGGCAGGCGAAGGAGGGCAUGGAACAGGAUAUGGCCAACCUUUCCGAAACCCAACAAUUGAUCAAUCAACGAUUGAUCGUGUUCAAGAACAUCCGCGAACUCCAAGAGCAAAAUGAAAACCAACUCAAGACCAUCCGCAAUCUCGUCAGCGAGCUCGAGAGCAACGAGGCCAAGGAAAAGGAACAACAAAACCAUGCUCUGAGCCAAGAACUCGAACAGGCUCGGGCACAGAUCGCUUCAUAUCAGGACGAACUGCGGACCAUGGUUGCUCAAACCAAGAGUUUCGUCAAAGAGAGAGACAUGUUCCGAAACAUGCUUACCAGACGCGGCCAUCUUCCUGCUAAUGUCCAGCCAACCGACUUCUCAAGAUCUCUACCUAUACCCGCUGGUGGUGCAGAGUCUGCCGCUGGAUCUGUUGCGGACGGAGAGAAUGAUUACGCCAAGUUGCUCAAAGAUCUUCAGCAGCACUUCGACUCCUACCGACAGGAGGCGGCAACCGAUCACAGCGCUCUGAAGAACCAAGUCGACGAAUUGAGUAGGAAGAACUCGCAGUUGCAGGCCGAGAUCAGCCGUACUGUGGGCCAGCUUACCGCUGCCAACCAACGCUACGAGAUGCUACAGGCGAAUUACAACUCUUUGAAGGCCGAAAACGCCGAGAUCCAGAAGAGGUCGUGGGCUGCCAUGGAGAAUGCAACAAAGCAGGAGCUCAAGACACAACAAGUCGCUGAAGAGCUUGUGGAAGCUCGAGGUUUGCUUGACAGCCUGCGACGGGAUGCAGCCAAUCUCAAGGCAGAGAAGGAUCUCUGGAAGAGUGUUGAGAAGCGACUGAUCGAGGACAAUGAGUCCCUGCGCAAUGAGAGAGGCCGACUAGACCAGCUGAAUGCGAGUCUACAGACCAUGAUCAACGAGCGGGAACAGACGGAUGCAGAAAGUCGCCGGAGACUCCAAUCGCAAACGGAAGCCCUCGAGUCCGAACUACAGUCUGUAAAGAGAAAGCUCAACGAGGAGAUCGAAGAGAGUAAAAAGGCUGCAUUGAGACGUGAAUAUGAACACGAACAAUCCCAGAAGAGAAUCGACGAUCUGGUGACGAGCCUCAGCGCAGCCAAGGAAGAGCUUGCCUCGGCCAAGACUGCUAGAGAUCAUCUACAGGCCAGGGUGGACGAACUUGCGGUUGAGCUUCGCUCGGCGGAAGAACGAUUAGAGGUCUUGACGAAACCUGCAGAACCGAGUAGUGAGACCAACGGCCAAGAAGACACUUCCCUUAGCAAAGAGCAAGAAUUGGCAGUUGAGAUUUCCGAACUUAGGAGAGAUCUUGAGCUCAAGGUGGCCGAGCUUGAGCGUGCCAAUGAGCAGGUGGAAGUGUACAAGAAUAUCAGUCAGUCGAGCGAGGAACGACUGCAAGAGCUUUCAGAAACCAACGAUCAAUACCGCGAAGAGACCGAAAGUGCCCUCGCCGAAAAAGAGGCCAAGAUCAAAGAGCUGGAGCAACGAAUCGAGGAUAUCUCGUCCGAGCUCACCACGACCAACAACGAGCUUUCCAAGUUGCGCGAUGAACAGGCUGAGUUCACGCAGAAGAUGGAAGAGCAGAAAGCGAACUUCGAGGCUGAGAUUGAGCGGCUCAAAGAAGAGGCGGAGAAGAAUGCUGAGCAAGCGCAGUUCAACCUGGAGGCUUCAAAGAUCCAAGCACAAAUCGCCACCGAGGCUCAACAGAACUACGAAAACGAGCUUGUUAAGCAUGCCGAAGCCGCCAAAAACGUGCACACAGUUCGAGAAGAAGCCAAUCAACUCCGACUGGAACUGGUGGAUCUCCGGACUCAAGCUGCUACCUACAAGUCUGAUCUUGAACAGAAAGAAGCUAGCUGGGUCGAGAUGAAAGAGCGUUUUGAGAAAGAGAUAUCUGAUCUCAAGAAACGACGGGAAGAGGUCGUCCAACAGAACAAUCUUCUUCACAGCCAGUUGGAGAGUGUUACCCAACAAAUCACCACUCUCCAACGUGACCGUGCUGCUUUAACUGGAGGAGACAAUGAAGAGGUUCCAGAGCAAUCUUCGGCCGAGCUAGACAGAUUGCAGGAGGUGAUCACAUACCUUCGUCGCGAGAAGGACAUUGUCGACGUUCAAUACCAGCUGUCCCUUCAAGAGGCCAAGAGAUUGCGGCAGCAGCUGGACUUCACCCAGUCUCAACUCGACGAGACUCGUCUCAAACUGGACCAACAACGUCGUGCAGAGGCGGAUUCGGAGCGAAACAAACUGGAACACAGUAAACUCAUGGAGUCCCUUAACGAAUUGAACCUCUACCGAGAAAGCAGCGUAACGCUCAGGGCGGAGGCCAAGCAGGCGGCCCAGGCUCUUGCUGAAAAGUCUCAACGGGUGGAGGAACUGGAAGGACAGAUGCAAUCCCUGCAGGCUCGUGUAGCAGAGCUGGAGAACUUGGUUGAACUUCGAGAAGGCGAGCUGAAGCUCAGCCAAGAGGAUCGUGACCAUUGGCAGCAACGCUGUCAAAACAUCUUGUCCAAGUAUGAUCGUGUCGAUCCUGCCGAACUGGAGGCACUCAAAGAGAAGAUCAGCAGCCUGGAGACGGAACGGGAUGAGCUGAAGAGCGAGCUGGACAAAGUAAAGAUCGAGCGGGACGAGGCGCAGAAAGCUCUCCAGGACCAGAUCAAUGCGACACAGUCGGCGGUUGAAGCCGCCAAAGGUGAUUUGAAGACCCGCCUCGAAAACCAAUUCAAGGAAGUCCUGAGGAAGAACAGGGCUGCCUUGGGAGAGCGGAAAGCCGAGCUGGACGCCGCCCUUGCACAACAGGCUGACCUACAAACGGAGCUUGAAUCCCUGAAGGAGCAGCUAGCUGCAGCUCAGACACAAGGCCACGCAGAUGGUCCGGCCACCAGCACAAACCAGGUCAACGGUGAACAACAGACCAGCACCGAAGAAGCAACUGCCACGGCUACCACUCCGAACACUGAUGUUUCCCAACUUGAGACAAGAAUCAAAGAACUUGAAAACUCGCUUGCCGAGAAGGAGAAGGAGCUUGAAGCAAUCAAUGCGUCAGCAGAAGAGAAAUUCAAGACCAGAGUUACCGCUAUGGAAAAGAUUCUCAACGCCCGAUUGGCCGAGGUUAAGCACCAGGCCGCCGAAGCGAAGAAGGCCGCUCUGGACGAACUUACUGAGAGAUUGACGGCUCGCCACCAAGAGGAGCUGGAAGCCUUGAGAGCGGGUUCGAUCCCAGUUGCUGCAGAACUACAAGAACCAGCCGAAGAAGGUGCCAAGACAUCCAGUACGCUCGACCCGGCGCAGAUUCCGGACGAAGUGCUGUUGGCUCUGCCUGAGGCCAAAGCGAGGUUGCUUGUGGCCAAACACGAGGUCUUGCGCAGAAUCCUGCAGACCAACAUCAAGAAGCAAGUGGAAAAGGAGAAAGAAGCUCUGCGAAAAGAGCUCACCGAGCAACUGGGUGCUGGUGGCACAGGUGAUGGAGCCACUGCUGCUAAGGUUCAAGAACUAGAGCAGAAGUUUACUGCCGAGAAAGAGGAAAUAAUACAACAGAAGGUCGCGGAGUUUAAUGCUGAGAGGGAAUCUAUCAUCAAACAAUACGAAGAAAAGCUUGCACGUGAGAAGCAAGACCUGGUCAUUAAGCAUAAGGAGGAGCUGAACAAUCAGAAGCUCGAGUUUGACAAAGAAGCCCAGAGAAAGAUUGAUGAGCAAAUCAAGAAUGCCGAACAAAUGUGGGAGAAACGUGGUGCUGUCAAAUUCAACAUGGCUCAAAGUCGAGCAGCCCUCGCCACGGCCAAACUUGAAGUUGUCAAGAAAGCGGCAGAAGAGACUCCUGAGAAGCCAGUGGGCGAGGUAUGGAGUAUCGCUAAGGACGCCAAACCACCUGCUGCUCCGAAGCCAGCACCGACAGCAGCGGCUGCCACUGCACCCCCUGCCGCCCCUGCGCAAUCACCAGCAAAGGCUGAGCCAAAGCAAGACAAGAAGCCUGAUACUGAGGGUAAAGCCAAUGGUAAUGUUCAACCUCAUGCCCAGCCUGCAGCAACAGCAACCGAGAAACCGGCGCAAACUCAACCUCCUGCAGCGACACCGACCUCUCAGCCUGCUCAACCAGCACAGAUGAAUACUUCUCAUGCCGCUCCUAAACCCGCAGAUGCACAGUCUAGUCAGGCUGCGCCCAAGCCUACCACCCAAGCGACCAAUGAACCAGCCAAACCUCAGCAGCCAAGCACUGGAGCAGCCUUGAUGCACCAGCUCCAAUCUGGCAUUCCGCGAGGUGGAUCUAUUAGGGGUAAUCGUGGUAGCGGAAUCCCGAGAGGUCGCGGAGCCCCUCGUGGUCGCGGUGGGGCAACACAUGCCAACGCUGGUAUGCAUCAGCAAGGUCGUGGCGGGAAUCAGAGUCCGGGUCGAGGGGCCUUGAACCCUCAAGCUGCGCAGUUCACUCCUGGCGGCGGCAACAAGCGGGCUCGUGAUGAUGGUGAAGGUGCGGACGGAGGUGGACAGGGAAAACGGAUUCGUGGAGAGGGAGGAGCUGCAUAGAUGAUGGUCGAGGUUCUGAUUCUUUUUCUAUGUUACAUGUAAUCGGAAGAGGGUUGUGUCUUCUUCGGCAAUUGCGAGGCGAUGCAUGGAUCGGGGUGGAUUGUGUGCUUGACACAGUGCUGGAACAGGCGUUUACCAGCCAGAGAUGCCGUUGCACAGUGGGAUACAGCUAGAAUAGGUCCAUGUACGAUGAAAACAAGACAGUGGAUGGUGUUCCCACUACAAUGCAAGUAUUUUGCCUCCUUCUGAUGGGCAGGUUUGUUCAGACA